CUGCUGAGCCACUCAGCCAUGCCUGAAGGAGCCCGUGGACUGAACCUGUCCAGACCCAGCCCCAGCCUCGGGUGUGACCGCAGAGGUGAAGUGUGUGACUGUGCAACUGUGUGUGAGUCUCGGACAGCCUCUGCCAUGGCCUCCCCCCGAGGGUCUGGGAGCUCCACAUCCUUGAGCACAGUGGGCUCUGAGGGGGACCCGGCCCCGGGGCCCACUCCAGCGUGCUCAUCCUCCAUGCCAGAGCCCCUUCCAGGGCCCCCCAUCCGCCUGCAUCUGUCGCCCAUGGGGAUCCCGGGUUCAGCAAAACCCUCAAGGCUGGAGCGUGUGGCCCGUGAGAUCGUGGAGACAGAGCGGGCCUAUGUCCGUGACCUCUGCAGCAUCGUGGAGGACUACCUGGGCCCUCUUCUGGAUGGUGGGGUCCUGGGGCUGAGCGUGGAGCAGGUGGGCACGCUGUUUGCCAACAUUGAGGACAUCUACGAGUUCAGCAGUGAGCUCCUGGAAGACUUGGAGGGCAGCAGCAGUGCAGGGGCCAUUGCCGAGUGCUUUGUUCAGAGGAGCGAGGACUUUGACAUCUACACAUUGUACUGCAUGAACUACCCGAGCUCCCUGGCCCUGCUUCGGGAGCUGUCGCUGUCUCCACCAGCAGCCCUGUGGCUGCAGGAGCGUCAGGCCCAGCUUCGCCACUCGCUGCCCCUGCAGAGCUUCCUGCUGAAACCUGUUCAGCGCAUCCUCAAGUACCAUCUGCUGCUGCAGGAACUAGGCAAACACUGGGCAGAGGGCCCUGGUGCUGCGGGCCGUGAGAUGGUGGAGGAAGCUAUUGUGUCUAUGACAGCGGUUGCCUGGUACAUCAACGAUAUGAAACGCAAGCAGGAGCACGCCGCGCGCCUCCAGGAAGUGCAGCGGCGGCUAGGCGGCUGGACUGGUCCGGAGCUCAGUGCUUUUGGGGAGCUGGUGCUGGAGGGCGCCUUCCGAGAUGGUGGAGGGAGCGGCCCCCGGCUACGAGGGGGUGAGCGACUGCUCUUCUUAUUCUCACGGAUGCUGCUCGUGGCCAAGCGCCGGGGUCCCGAAUACACCUACAAGGGCCACAUCUUCUGCUGCAACCUGAGUGUGAGUGAGAGUCCUCGAGACCCUCUAGGGUUCAAGGUAUCUGAUCUGACCAUUCCCAAGCACAGGCACCUGCUCCAGGCCAAGAACCAAGAAGAGAAGAGGCUGUGGGUUCACUGUCUCCAGCGCCUCUUCUUUGAGAACCACCCUGCCUCCAUCCCUGCCAAGGCAAAACAAGUUCUCCUUGAAAACAGCCUGCACUUUGCUCCGAAAAGUAAGCCUAUCCCAGAGCCCCCGACACCCCCACUUGGGUCUCCCCGACCUCGAGAUGCCAGAAGUUUCACCCCUGGACGAAGGAACACAGCUCCAUCUCCAGGACCCUCUGCUAGUCGCCGUGGCCGCAGGCAGUCUGUGCCAGAGAAGGACCCUUAUGUCACGUUUCCACAGAAUGCUAAGCCUAGAUUGAAGCACGCUGGCAGUGAAGGAGAGCUCUGCUCCGCCUCAGAAUCUCAGCCCCCAGUUUCAGCUUCCGGAUCCCCUGAGGACCUGGAGGAUGUUGGACCCCCCACACUGGACCCCUCUGGGACCUCAAUCACUGAAGAAAUCCUGGAACUGCUGAACCAGAGAGGCCUCCGUGAUCCGGGGCCAUCUGACCAUGACAUUCCCAAGUUCCCUGGAGACUCCCAGGUGCCAGGCGACAGUGAAACCCUCACAUUCCAAGCCCUGCCCAGCCGGGACUCUUCAGAAGAGGAGGAGGAAGAGCUUGAAAUGGAUGAACGGGAGCCUUCCCCACUCCAUGUCUUAGAGGGGCUUGAAAGUUCCAGUGCAGCUGAAAUUCCCGACAUUCCCAGCAUCCCUGAAAUUCCUGACCAUUCUGAAAUUCCCAAAGUUCCUUGCCUUCCCAGUCUCUCUGACAUUUCCAGUGUUUUUGAAAUGUCCUGCCGUCCAGCCAUACCUAGUGUCCCUGACAUUCCCAGUCUUUCCAGCGUUCCUGCCCUCCCCUGUGACUCCUGGCUCCGGGGACCUCUGCAGGAAUCAGCUGAGGCUCUAGCCACCAGGAGAGAACUGUUCCCUGGAAUCAGUCCUGGAGAACUGGGGAAGCCCUCCUUAGGAAGCAGGGCAGGGCAGGAGGAGGGUGAAGAAGGAGUAUCAUUCCCAGAUUUCCAGGCCCAGGAUGUCACCCAGGAUCAGGCAUUCCCAGAGAAGCUUGAAUUCCGCUCUUGCUCAGAAAUCCGGAGUGCCUGGCAGGCAUUGGAGCAGGGGCAGCUGGCCCGGCCUGGCUUCCCAGAGCCACUGCUGAUCCUGGAGGAUUCAGAUCUGGGUGGAGGCAGCGAGACUGGGAAGGCAGGAACUCCGAGUUCGGAGAGAGCAGCGUCCCGAGUGCGAGAGCUGGCCCGCCUCUACAGCGAGCGGAUCCAGCAGAUGCAGCGGGCUGAGACACGGGUAUCAGCUAAUGCCCCCCGACGCCGGCCACGGGUUCUGGCUCAACCCCAGCCUUCUCCCUGCCUGCCUCAGGAACAAGUUGAGCCAGGGCCCCUGCCUGCCUUUGGACACGUGCUGGUAUGUGAGCUGGCCUUCCCACUGACUUGCGCCCAGGAAUCUGUUCCCCUGGGCCCUGCUGUCCGGAUUCAAGCUGCCACACCUUUGUUUAAGCAGGGAGGCUGCCUGGAUGGCCAGGGUCUACAUGUUUUAGAUUUGCCUGAGCAAGAUCAUUUGGAUAUCCACAUUCCAGCUACUACCCCUCUUCCUGAGCAAGGAGGCCUCUGGAAUAUUCAGGCUCCAGCAACCACACCUUUGCCCAAGCAGGAAGGCCCCCCAAGCAUUCAGGUUCCAGCUAUUACAACUUUGCCUGAUCAAGGACACCUGGAAAUCCAAGUUCCAGCUACCAUUCCUUUGCCUAAACAGAGAAACCACAUGGAUAUACCACAUCCAUCUACCACUUUUUUCCCUGAGGAAGGAUGCCACAUGGAAAUCCAAGUUCCAGCCACUACUCCCAUGCCCAAGCAGCAAAGCCACCUAGACAGCCAGAGCCCAACCACUAUCCUAAUAACUAAGGAAAGAGGUUCCAGGGAAGUUCAGGUCCCAGCCACUGACUGCGAUCAAGCCGUCAACCCUUUGCUUAUGCAUGGAAGCAGCCUGGACCAUCAGGUCCCAGCCAACGUUCCACUGCCCUUGUCAUGUGACCUACCAGACAUUCAGGUUCCAGGUCCCUCACUUUUGCCUGCACAUGGAGACCACCUGGUCUCAGCUGAUGCUCCACUGCCUUUGUCCCAAGAUGUCCCAGACAUUCAGGUCCCAGCUGCCACACCUGUGCCCCAGCCACAAGGCCUCACAGACAUCCAGGUCCAAGUCCUUCCACCUUUUCCCAAGCUGGGAGGCCUCCCAGACAUGCAGGGUCCAGCUGCUGCACCUCUGCUUCAGGAGCAAAGCCUCACAGGCACACGGGUCCAAAAUGUCACACCUUUGUUGGAGCAGAAGAGCCUCACAGACAUCCAUUUUGCAGCUGCCACACCUUUAUCUGAGCAAGGAGGCUCUCUGGACAUUCAGGGCCUGUUACCCACCCCAGUUCAGACCACCAUGGUUUUGUCCAAGCCAGGAGGCCACUUGGUCUCACAUGUCGCCAGGUCAGAGUCUUCAGACUUGACCCCACCCCAUAGUCCCCCGCCCCCCACCCGUCAGCUCCUGGGCCCCCACGCAGCUGCCCUCUCAAGAUACUUGGCAGCCUCCUGCAUCAGCCAGAGCCUGGCUAGGCGGCAGGGGCCUGGGGGAGAGGUGCCCCCAGCCUCCCGGGGCCCCUGGUCCUCCUCUGCCCCCACAUCACGGGCACCUUCGCCACCACCCCAGCCCCAGCCCCCACCGCCCCCAGCCAGGCGGCUCAGCUAUGCCACCACAGUCAGCAUCCAUGUGGGGGGUGGGGGGCGGCUGCGGCCAGCCAAGGCCCAGGUUAGGUUGAACCACCCUGCUCUUUGCCCCCACCCAGGAAUACACAGGCCUUCGAAGGGCCCAGGGGGCUCCUGAUGCCCCUUUCCACAUGUGAGCCAGGAUGUCAAGCUUCUUAAAAAACAAGGACUUCAGCCAGAUGUCAAAGACCUUCAGAAGUCCAGACACUGAA